AUGGCUAUGAACUUGAUGAUCGAUAAGCCACAUACAGCUUCAAAUGUUGAUCAAACUGGAGAUGGCAUCUGGAAUCAGGGGUAUAUUAUGCAUUCAGUCAAUAUAUCAAUAGGAAUGCUUGCCAAAGAUACACAACUGUUCUUUCUUUUAUUAUUGAUGUGUAAAUUUAUGUUUGUCAUGUAUUUGAUGGGAAGAUUAUAA